CGGGCGGCGCCGGAGGGCCGGGGGAGCUGCUGCACCUGAUACACCGGGGCGGGAGCGCGGCGGAGGAGGGCGGGAGGGAGCGGCGCUGCCGCCGCCUGCGAGCGCCUCUCGCCGCCGUUAGACAGCGCUGGUCUCGCCGCUUCUCCCUCCGCCCGCCCCUUCUGCGCGGAACUGGGCUCUCGCUCCUGUUCCCCUCGGGGCCGGCGGCAGCGCGUCCUCCUCGUCUCCCCUGGGCCCCAUGGCUUCGGCCGGCAGCGGCAUGGAGGAGGUGCGCGUCUCGGUGCUGACCCCGCUGAAGCUGGUGGGGCUGGUGUGCAUCUUUCUGGCGCUGUGCCUGGACCUGGGAGCUGUGCUGAGCCCCGCCUGGGUGACGGCGGACCACCAGUACUACCUGUCCCUCUGGGAGUCCUGCCGCAAGCCCGGCAACUUGGACAGCUGGCUCUGCGAGUCGACGCUGCACAGCGACUGGCAGAUAGCUACUCUGGCUCUGCUGCUGGGUGGUGCUGCCAUUAUUCUCAUAGCUUUCCUGGUUGGGCUGAUCUCCAUCUGCGUGGGAUCUCGGAGGCGGUUCUACAGACCAGUUGCAGUCAUGCUCUUUGCUGCAGCAUGGAUGUUUCAGAUUCUCCUGAGACUCGCCAACCAUGGUUUGCCUUCAUCCUGUCACUCACAUCUGCAUUGGAGCCAGCAGCUUAAGCCCCUCUGAUAGUCCAUAAUGAAGAGGAUGACAGAACCUUUGGGAUGUAUUAAAAAAAGCCACUUAGGAGGAUAUGAGAGGAUGAGAGUGUGGAAUUGGAGGGAGUUUGGGAUGAAGCACAACUCCGGGAAGGCUCCUGCUGCCCCCUGCUGAUUACCUUGAUGGAACCGAGCCCUUCAAGAUGCACUUUUAUGUGCUCAAGACAUAUUCCUAGAUUGCAUUGCAUUUGCUUUUAGGAAAUUAAAGCAACCUAGGAUCAGAUUCCCUGAGUGGAAAUCGUCUGGUUUUAUUCCAUGUGUUGCAUUACUUGCCUGGUUAAAUGAAUAAAGGUGCCAUUGUUUUAAAAUUUAGUGUUAAUUCUGAGGUUUGUAAGGUAUGCUGGGCAGUUCACUUUGAAGGAAAUGGGGUUAUUUAAUUUUUGUACUGGUUUCUUCUUUGGCUUUUGGCUUCAUUUCUCAUAACAUCAUGUAGUAACUCAGUAAUUAUUCAGCCAUACACGCCUGUCUUGCUGUGCUGCUCAUUUAGUAGUUAAGUGUGUACUAAAAAAAGAAAUGGCUUUCCACAAGAAAAGAUUUCCUCAAAUCCUACUGUUUGUCUCUUGUGCUCUCCUUGCAUAAAAUUGCUUCUAGUCUUUACUACAAAAAGUUGAUGGUGAAGGGGUUUAAUGCUUACUUGAAGUACAUGAGAGGAGAGAUGAUGAGGCCAAGACAACCUGCCCCAUUCUUCUUCAUUAUCUAGCAAAUCUGAGGAGAAUCCUUUCAGGAUUUGACACUUACAUUGUUAAAAGGCUUUUCCUACUGAUUUUAUCUUUGAUGUCAGCAAUUUGUAGAGAUGAAUAUGGAUAGCAUAUCUUGAAAGAAUUAUGGAAAGAAUCCUCCACUGAAGAGGGGAAAGUUACGAUUGUAGCAGUUUAUGCCUUAUGCAGCUUUCCAUGGAUUCAAGCCUUCAUCUGUGGAUUUCACAAAUCUUUCAGGAUAAACACCACCCUGACCUGUGAAUGUGCUGGCAAGACCAAAUAUUCUGUGUAACUCUGGUUGGCAGUCUAUCAGCUGCUUCUGGAAAAAGGGCACAGUAUGAAUUGCCCAGAGACAUUUAAUGAUGUGUGGGUGUUGGGUAGAAAAGGUCUCUGUGUGGAAGAAAGGACAAAAUGGAAAAGUUAUUUCCAGGUGCUUUAUAAGCGUCUAAACAGUUGGCUCCAGGCUAUUUUUUUUCCUUCAAGUUUUGAUUUUUUUUUUCCCCUCAGCUUCAGGUUUCAGUUAGCAACUUUGUAGGUGAGGGAGAAGAUUGACUGUGACUGGAAGAGAUGAGAAAGAAAGGGACCAAAAAAACCCAAAAUUCAACCUAGAUGCUGAGAAUAAGCCAGCAAGUAAUGAAAAGAUGUGAAUGUGUUUUCACACAGCUGACAGUAUGUAUUUUAAUGCUGAGAGUUAGAGGAAUACCUCAGGUAGUGGAAAAAUGGAGCAGACAGGGAGGCAGUUGCAGGAAAUCUUGCAUGGACCCACCUUGGCUCGUGUGCCUCUGUAGUCUAGUGGAGGUCUCCAGUUCAUGGACCUGCUGGGGUGUCUUAGAGCUCAUGAACCAAACUGGCCCUAAAAACUGCACCCUCAAAGUGCAGGCUCACAAACUUAUCAGUGCAGGAGUUUCAUGAUACACUUACUGUUUAACUAAAUGCUAACCUAGUCUAAUUAAGGGGCAGAAAGAGAAAGUGUUCUUGCUGAAAGUCCAUAAAAGAAACAAAAGAAAAAUUAAAGAUGCUUGCCUUUUGGUGCUGUUUUAACAAGUGUUUGGAAGAAUAUCCUGUUGACAUUAGCAAGCUUUUAAUGCAUUUCAUAAGAUGCUUUUACAUGAAAAAUAGGGGAAACAGUGGCUAAGUGAAAAUAUUACAGGUAAAAGAGUAAUAUAAAAUGGUGGCAGAUAAUAACUGGAGAAUACUUAAGGAGGUAUCUUUUAAUUCUGAUAGAGAGAGCACAGUCCAGCUGGAUUACAUCCUUAGUUCUGUGGUAUUACCUAUUUUCAUAAUGAUGUGGAAGAUACAAUGAAAGUUUACUUGUCACAUUUUACAGUAGAAGUAGAAAAAAUUGCAGAAACAUUGACAGCCAGAAUUUGAUUCUGUAAAGUUGAUGGAAUGGUCUGAAAAGUAGGACUGACUUCAGUAGAAUGUAGUGCAGGUUGCUACAGGGCAACAAAGAGUCAUAAUAUCAAAGAAAUACUGUUGGGGAAAAUACUCUAUAGGUCAUGUGCUCCAAUCUCCUUGUUGAUGCAGGAUGGUCACUAAGAGUGACAGCUUUUUCUGGUCCAGUUUUGAACAAAUUCAAGAUGUUGUAGCCUUUCUGAGCAUGUUGUCCUGGGCCCUUACUGCCCUCCUUACGAUGGUUUACUUUGUUGAUGUCCAUCCUUACUCUCUGAGAUUAGUGUCCACUCAUUACUGCCAGCUUGCUUGCACUGCAUAGAGGAAUUUUUUUGUUUGUUUGUUUUUCCUAUCAUUGUUGCAGCUACAUUUUCAGGUAAUCUUUUAAAUACCCAGCACUUACUAAUGAAGUGCUUUACUCAUUUGAAAUGGGCAGGAGGUAGAGAACAGAAGUACAAAACUUACUAGCCAGCACCAGCAUUUUCAUAAUUACAAAUCAAUUAGAAAGCCACAUCCAUAACUGGGGUUUCUUUUGACAUCAAAACUUAUCAUCAGACAUUUGUACAAAGAAAAAAAAAAGAUGACUGAAAUUAUAUUUUCCUACUUUUAAAGCAUUUCUUAUUAUUUCUUAAUGUUUAUUAUGAUGAGUAUGUAUAAUUGCUUAUAUUUCAUGUGAAUGGAAUAAAACUAGUAUUCCUGUUCCCAUACUGCAAACAUCAUAGUGCUUCAUAAAAACAUGCCUACAUUUGAAGUGAACAAUCAAAUCUGAGACUAUUAGUCUUUGCUGAACAGCAUUUGAGUAGCAGAUUUCUUUAAGAUUUCCUUUGCAGCCUGUUUUUUCUACAGGAAAAGACUUGUGCUUCUGAAGAAGAAUAGUACACAGCUCCCUUAAGAAGGUCAGCAUAGCAUGGAGUUCCUUUAAAUUCAUUAGAAACAGAUCAGUAUUUGCAGGCAUGGCUUUCAGCAUCUUCUGGGGUCAUGCUGGUCAUUUCUCAUAACUUUGCUGACUGCUGUCUCCAGCUUACACAGCUCCCUUCCUGCUCUACAGGGAAAAACAAUGACAGAAGGCAAAAUCAGUGCAAAGUGAUGACAGUGCUGUGUAGGGUGGCUGCUCCCACCAGCCACUUGCUGCCAGCACUUGCUCUGAGAUCUACAAUAGCGUAUCUGGAUCAAUAGUAGGAAAAGCUGGAACCCUCACUAUGGAAAUGUCAAAAAACCCUCUUGUUUGUGUUGCUGCUUUAGCAACAUGUUCCUCUUCCAAGAGAAUCACUUUUUUUUUUGGUUGUGUUUUGACAAGUCCAAUCUGUAGACUGAAAUUAAGCAUACUUCAUAUGUUACACUGGGGAAGGUGGAGACUUCCUUGGUUUGCACUUGACACAGACACACAUGGAGCAGUUUCUGCAUUGACUCAGCAGAGAUGCUGCAUUCCCAGUUCAGGAAGGCACUGAAGAAAAACUCAUAUAUUUCUAUACAUUUUCAGAAAUUCUUUUUGACCUUGAAUGGUGUUAAAGAUGUUUCUGAAAGUUGAGCAUAUGUUGAGGUGCUUUUGGAUGUAAAGAUGCUCUCAUUAUACAGAACUGGAAUGCAUAAUCUUUUCAUAAGAGUAGGUGCUUUUCCCAGUGUACCCUCCCAGAGUUUCUCAAAUGUUGCACAGUAUUUUGUGAGCUGAAAGACAAAAAAUUAUAUUCAAAUGGAAUAAUAUCAAAGUAACUGUAGAAUUUUUAAAAAGUCCUGUGGAUUUUGAUAUCCACAUCAGAAAAUCCACUGUGCAAACAUUAUUCAGAUUGUCAGUCUCAAGUAAGGGUCCAAAGACUACUCUCUAGGCUAAGGUGGAUGAGCUGAAAUUUCCAGUGAGUGUCUUAGAAUUUUAUCACUGAGGUUCUGAUGAACAUGGGAUAUGAUCUCCCCAUACCAGUCAUGUCCUCAGGACAGGUGAGCAUUUGUCUUCAGGGCCAAUGAAAGGGGCCAGUUGGGCAAGGGGGUGUGUGUGAGUGAAAUGGCCAAUAUGUGUCUGUGGACCUCAGUGCUAUAGGAAAUAAUGAUUUUUAAGCCUUUUAAUAUCUUGGAUUUGACCUAUUUUAUUAUCUUCUUUCAUCACACAGUAUUUCUGAACCACCCCCUAAAUUCAUAAUAGUUUGCCAGUUUAAAGUUUAGUGACUGAUCAAAUUUUAUAGUUUUCUUGGUAUUCUGUGCAAGAAUGUCAUUAAUUCUGCUUACAGAACACAGUAAUGAAUAUGAAAUAUGUGAUUCACUGAGUCUCUACUGAGCACAAGUAUAUAUCACCUAUGACAAUGAAUUAUUUCUAGGCUAAGUAAAUUAUUUGAUUCUCAGCAACAUUUCUUAAUAUGUAUUCUCGCUUCUGGUUUUGACUUAUUUAUAAUGGCAGUAGAACAAAUUUUGCUGUUAUGGAGGGAGUAAUGACUGCAAACUAAUAAAUAUAAAGGAGAGACAAAAGAAUUUGGGAAACACUACUCUAACUGUUUAUUUUGUGAACAUUUUAAGGAUCAUCAUUAUAUCACAGCAAUAGUAUUUGCUCAUCAACGAGGAAGUAUGGAAGAGCUGCUCUGUUCUCUGUGAAUGAAAUGAAGGUGAUUUAAAAAGAGCAGCACUUACAAGCUAAAAAUCACCAAAAACAUUUUAAAUGUGAAUUUCUGUUAUUUGAUAUUUUCUUUGUUCUAGGGAAGCAAAAUAAGGCUUCUUCUGACAUUUGUAUUUUUUUUUUUCUC